AUGACUGGAGUCUUUGACAGUCUGGUGGCUGAUAUGCACUCGACCCAGAUCACGGCCUCCAGCACGUACCACCAGCACCAGCAGCCCCCGAGCGGCGGCGGCGCUGGCCCCGGCGGCAGCAGCAGCAGCAGCCUCCACAAGCCUCAGGAGUCGCCCACGCUCCCGGUGUCCACAGCUACCGACAGCAGCUACUACACCAACCAGCAACACCCGGCGGGCGGCGGCGGCGGCGCCGGUUCGCCCUACGCGCACAUGGGUUCCUACCAGUACCACGCCAGCGGCCUCAACAACGUCCCGUAUUCAGCCAAGAGCGGCUACGAUCUGGGCUACACCGCCGCCUACACCUCUUACGCGCCCUACGGGACCAGUUCGUCCCCGGCCAACAACGAACCUGAGAAGGAAGACCUCGAGCCUGAAAUCCGGAUAGUAAACGGGAAGCCAAAGAAAGUCCGGAAACCUCGAACCAUCUACUCCAGUUUCCAGCUGGCGGCUCUUCAGCGGCGUUUCCAAAAGACUCAGUACCUGGCACUUCCCGAGCGAGCUGAGCUGGCGGCGUCCCUGGGCCUCACCCAGACUCAGGUCAAAAUCUGGUUCCAGAACCGCCGAUCCAAGUUCAAGAAGAUGUGGAAAAGCGGUGAGAUCCCUUCAGAGCAGCACCCGGGGGCCAGCGCUUCGCCACCUUGUGCUUCGCCGCCGGCCUCGGCGCCGGCCUCCUGGGACUUCGGCGCGCCGCAGCGGAUGGGGGGCGGCGGCGGCGGCGGCCCGGGCAGCGGCGGCAGCGGGGCGGGCAGCUCCGGCUCCAGCCCGAGCAGCGCGGCCUCGGCGUUCCUGGGCAACUACCCGUGGUACCAUCAGGCCUCCGGCUCCGCUUCGCACCUGCAGGCCGCCGCGCCGCUGCUGCACCCGACGCAAACCCCGCAACCUCACCACCACCAUCACCACCACCACGGUGGCGGCGGGGGCGCCCCGGUGAGCGCCGGGACGAUCUUCUAA